GAAAAGAAAAGGCGGGGGAGUGCGGUGGGGCGAUGAGUGUGGGACCCAGGUAAUGAGGUGGGGAGAGGAGACUUCAACAUCAAGAGAGAGAAGUAAAUUAAUUACAGCUAGCAAUGGAGGUGGAGGCUCACCUACCCAUCACUCCCUCCCUUUUUUAGCCUUCACUUCUCUCUUCUCUCCACUUUCAAAACUCCCCUCUCUCUAUCUCUUCUCCGUCACUGCCUCUGCUUCUCACUCUCUGUUCCCGGUACCUGCUGUGUCACUAGAAGGAAAAUUAACAGUCCGAAAAGAAAAGAAAACAUGAUUGGAUCGAGCUUUGUAGAUGAGAUAGACUGCGGCAGUUUCUUUGACCACAUCGACGACCUCCUCGACUUCCCUACGGAGGACGGCGAGUGCGGGCUGCCUCCUGCGGACUCAAAUUCAUUCCCAAACUUCUGGUCGCCUCAGUCAGAGUCGCUUCCUGGUUCCGACUCGGUGUUCUCUAACAACCGCAGCUCCGACCUCUCCGCAGAGCUCUCUGUACCGUAUGAGGACAUUGUGCAACUGGAAUGGCUUUCAAACUUUGUUGAGGAUUCCUUCUCUGGAGGAAGCCUCACCAUGAGCAAAGAGGAGUCAUCGUUUGCCAAUAAGGACUCAUCCCAUCAACAAUUCCAGACCUCCAGCCCAGUCUCUGUCCUUGAAAGCAGCAACUCCUGCUCAGGAGAAAAGACCACGCCACGCAGCCCUGAAACUGUUGUUAAUGGAAAAUGUGGACGUGCUCGUAGCAAGCGUCCUCGCCCUGCAACCUUCAAUCCCCGCCCAGCGAUGCAACUCAUAUCACCUACUUCCUCAACUGAGCCUAAGGCACUCUCAGAUUCUGAGAAUUUUGCUGAGUCUCGACUUUUGAUUAAGAUACCAAAGCAUGCUCUCUCCGGCGAACAUAAGAAGAAAAAGAAAACGAAAUUGUCCCUCCCUGCUGCUCCUACUGAGGCGAACCAGAACCCACCAUCCCAAGCAGUUAGGAAGUGCCUGCAUUGUGAGAUAACCAAGACUCCACAAUGGAGGGCAGGGCCCUUGGGGCCAAAGACCCUUUGCAAUGCUUGUGGUGUUCGGUAUAAGUCUGGCAGGCUCUUCCCUGAAUAUCGUCCUGCAGCAAGUCCAACAUUUGUUCCGUCCUUGCAUUCCAAUUCCCAUAGGAAGGUUCUCGAGAUGAGAACCAAGGGUGACAAUUUUGAUGUUGCUGGGACUAUAUCAAAGAUAGAAAGCGUGCCUGAGUUGAUUCCCAAUAAUGCAUUGGAUUAUAUGUGAGGUGGGACGCAGAGAACACAGUGUUUCAAUUCGAAUUGGAAUCUCGUAGCUGACUCUCGAUCCUCUUCUCUCUCGCGUUUAAUUAAUCACUGUUAUUUAAUUCCUUUGUUCAUUGGGUUUUGUACAGGAAAGGAAUGGUGGGAUUAGGAGCUAUAGAUGACAGUAUUUUUAGUUAAGUUGAAAAGGGUUGUAGUGAGAGAACUGGAAAUUUAAGGUUAGUGCAGUUUUAGGUUUUGUAAUGACUAGGUCUUUAAGUUUUAUUAGGCGUUGGAGUCUGUUGUAUUCUUUUUGCAUUCUUUUUCCUUUUUAGUUCCCCUGUAAGGGAAUUCUUUUUGCAGUCUCAUUUGUUAGUAGAAAUCCUGAAACGAGUAAUGAAAUUAAGGUCUAUGAUUCAUUAACAUUCUUUUCUUGG